AGUGAGGACCCCGCAACGUGUCGGCUGCGUGUGACAGGCGUGUGCCGCGCCCGGAGAGCCGCAGCGGAGGAUGCAGACGGCAGAGAGAAGCGGCGGGUCGCCGGUCGGAUUCGCCGCGGCGUCGGGGUCCCUUGCUGAGCGUUCCCACGGCGACGGCCAGUAUCUGUGCAUCGAGUGCAAUGAAACGUUUGAUGAUAAGCUGCGGCUGAGCGCUCACCGGCAGAGCCACGUGGCCAAGAAGCCGUUCACGUGUUCGCACUGCGGCCGGGGCUUCCACCAUCACGUCUUCCUGCAGAUGCACGAGAGAAGCCACGAGGACGGGGUUCCCGGCACCAAGUUAUCCGGCUCUCUGCCUGCGCCGAGCUCUGCCCGCGGGAUGUCCACCAGGAGCUCCAAAGCCGCGGGACCCUCGCAGGACAAAACCCACGAGGAGCCCAGACCCCCCAAACCGGAGCUGCCCGUCAAUUCAAAGGUGGAGUUCAAGCAAGAGAAGCCAAGAUGUCAGGCGGCGGCCCCCGUGGAGUGCGUCACCAGACUUACCCGUGGAAAGGCCCCUCCGGCCUGCAAGGCGACGGACGCCACGGAAACGAGGAGUCAAUUCGACUUCCGUGUUUCUACGUUCUCUGACACCAGAGUUCGCCUGAUCGACGCUUUUGGGAAUUCGGUGGAGUUACUGACGGAGGUUUUUAGCUCCUACGCCAGCGCUAGAGAGGGGGAAAGCGGCGAAAUAAAGACCACCAAGAUGGACUCCGGUCACGGGGCCCGCGAAAGCCACAUAAGUACCCGGCCAUCUGCGGGAGCCGCAUCUCCAGGCUUACGGCGCGGUGACGGCGUUCCCGGGAAAAGCCGGAGGAGUACGAGCAGGAGUUACCAGAAUCUGCGCUCGGAAAGCGCUAGAGCCGCUCAGCCGAGUGGACACUUCCCAGUGAGCGGCUCGCCUGCUGCUGGCCACGUAUCCUCCGGCAAGCAGUUUGAGUCUUCUAGUAGCCUUUCAGCCAGUCAGGCGUCAUCUGAAGGCACCUGUGGCUCCAAGCAACGGGUCUCAAAGGUUUCUGAUGUGGAGAUUCCACCACCCGGCGGCGGGGAUUUAAAACCGUCUGUAGUUGGCCACAAAGACUUUCCAGAGGACGUCGGUGUCCAGCCACGGGCCGGGGAGAUGCUUCGGGAAGCAGGUCAAAUGAACUCCUCUGAAGUAACAAAAGUAGCAGGCAUACCGCACGGGGGGCCUUCCAUGUCCGGCCCCACUUUACAGAACAGUGUAGGGGAUACCACGCCGGCCACGCAGGAGAGCAGAACCGCCGCAGCGAAUGAGAAACCUAAAAACAUAGCGGCAGACAUUGCAGCAGAACGCGGCCUCCGUGAGAGUGACGUCCACGAGGGGAUGUCUCUGCACCGCCCCGAUCGGGUCUCAUCGGGAGACAGAAACGAAAGUAUCGCGAAGGAACGCGAGCAGCUAACGGAAGCGGCCUCUGACCUGAUGCCCACUGACAAGGCUCCCGCGGCCUCUGGCAAUGGAGAAAAGAAUGGCGGGGAAAGCCGGCCUGAGGGGGGUGACCCCGAGAAAGUGUCCCUCGUGACCGGUGUGAGCGACGGGGACGUAAAGCUGUCAAAGCCAGACUCCAGCGAUGGAAUGUUACUUGGGGGUAAUAAGGAUCAAGCAGCGAACGUCGUGGUAACCGAGAGUCCAGCAGAACCAGGCAAACCACGUGCUUCAGACACUGGCGGAGCUGGAAGCCAAUGCCACGCAAACUCAUCGUCCCAGAGCACCGAGGGGACACGUAACCCACAAGCUGCUCGCACAUCCGACUCGGACACUUUCCUCCCCGCCGGUGACCAGAGAGAUCGCGGAGAGGCGGCGGAGAAGGCAGGAGAACGGCUCGGCCAGAAUGACAAGGAGCGCGGUGGAGAUGUUGGGAUGAGUACAGACAUUAGCUUAGCGGAUCGACCUGCGCAGCCAGAUGGUGCAGAAUGUGCUGGUUCGAUGAACCCAAGUCUGACCCCAGAGAGAGACAGCGGCGAUAACCUCCCCUCUCCCAAACCCGAGGGAGAUGACUGCAGCGAUUCCCGAGCACCCGUCCCACCAUCAGAGAGCAACGAGACUGUUCCAGGGGACAUCAACAGCGAAGCCUCCAGCAACAAGCCAAUCGUGGAGCGUGAUGAGGCCGCCGUCACCAGGGAGAAGACACGUGAUGCGCAGCCUGCAGGUCACCCCGCGCACGAAGAAAACAUCCUCCCCAGCGAGUCAGGAGGUGAACCGGUGAGGGCCGAUGAUGACAUUAAAAGUGAUGAGCCAGGAAAGGCCGUCGGUUUUACCCAACCAGGGGGUAUUAUGUAUAAAGACCCAGCUUUUCCGGAGAAGGAUUCGCAGCUUGACGGACGUGGCCAUAAUCUGACCGUCUCGCGAAGCGAUGAUUACGGGACAGUCGACAAGCGGGCGACCGAGACUUUAUCUCCUCCAAUUGCUCUGUCGGCGGAAGGAGGCCCAACGGAGUCAGCGUUAUCUGGGGAACCGAACUCUCUGGCAACAGAGCAAGUAGCGGCCGAUACCCCUAAGAGCGUAAUGAUGGUGGAAGAGUCUCGUGAUGUGCAGACAAUCGAUCUCGAUGAAGGAAAGGCUGUCUCUGAUCUCGACAGCUCCGGCUGGAAACAAGGUAUAAAGACUGACCUUCUGGACGAUAAUCACCCCGUCCUUCUUAAAGGCAGCUUAGAUGUCCUCCCACACGCAGGGGAUGAUGGCUGCUCAGCUCAGGUUGACGCUACCAAGCUAGACGUGCGCUCGUUAGAAAGCAGUGAGACCAGCGACAAAGAGAGGCAGCUGUCUGAAAGAGACCUCAAAAAAUACUUACCGCAACCCCUAGAGACUUCUGGAGACGAUCUACCCACAGAACAGCCGGUGGAUGCCAGCCCCGUCCAUGACAGUGAGAAGAGAUUACUGGCUGGAAGAAAUGGUGACGAACCUGAAGAAGGUGACGCUCUCGCCCCGUCAGCGUGCGCUCAGAGGAGUCACGGGGAAGAAGUAAGACGCGGCACUUCUCACAGUCAUGGCGUUUGUGCCGGUCACACACCGGUCGGUGAUAAAGUGAAUAAUGACGGUGACGUCGGCUCUGCGGCAGCUGAAGAUCGUAGUCACCUCCCCGAGGGGGGACUUUUAUCCGAGCGGCUCCAACCCCAGGAACAAGCAGUGGGAAAAUCGCAGGAAGGUAGCCACGAAGAGCAAGCAGAGGCAAGCGAAAGCACUGCUGGCCUUGCCACGACAUUGAGCUCAGGAGUCCGGUGCAUGCUGUGUAAACAGAAACUUCGAAGCUACAGGGGAGAAAGUCCGGCUCUGCUCUGCUACAAGUGUCGCCAACGCAGAAAGAAAGAAGCCCGAAUCCCUCAGACUGACGCAAACCACUUAGUCUGCCACAUAAAACAAGAGCCCUGCGAGGAGGGCCUUCCAGAUGGACUCACGAGUGACGUUAACCCCCACGAAGCAGACGCCGAGACCACAAAGAUGUAUAAUUGUCACAAGUGUGACCAAUCCUUUAAGCUGCCGGCCCUUCUUGCAGGUCACAUGAAGAACCAUUCCCUGGCCCGGUGCCUGACUUGCGGAUGCCAGAUGCGGGUCCGAUAUAAAGUGAGGCGAAUUCCUCGGAGGUGCCAGAGUUGUGUUCAGAAAAUCAGGGACAAGAAGAAGAAGAAGAAGAAAGAGCUUUUUGCGCACAACGAGGCCAUCAAGGAGGAAGAUGGCGAGAAAUGGGAAAGUAUGAACUCGGACUGUGAGCUGGAUGGUGGACGGACAUUCAGGCCUUCUCCGCGCUCCUCAAGCAAGGUAAAAGUCCGUAAGGGCAAGUUACCCCGAUCACACCUCGUGGGCAAUGAGCACUGGGCUGGGGAACCCUCUCCCAACGAGCGUAACCAAGAAGCCCCGGUCUCGACUAAGGUCGCUUCUCUCAUACGCGCUCUUCCCAAGCUGCACAAAUGUCCAGAGUGCGGGAUGAGCUUCAAGCGCCCUGGAUUUCUGAUAAAGCACGUGAGAAAGCAUGCGCUGCUGCACCACUGUACCUGCCACUUACUUCUGAAGAAGACGCACAAAAAGUGCUUGCAUUGCCGAGAGCAACUAAAAGGCAGAGGGAAAGGCAGGCUAUCCUCUCAGCGAGCCCCUUCCAAAAAAACAGCCGUUGGGUCUGUAUUGCAAUACCCCUCUACAUCUCUGAAAGAGUCCGCUCACGAUGACGACUCCGACCAGCUCGCGCUCGCGAUGGCCGGGGACGUCGGGAGCCGCAGACCCAAGAAGAGCAAACUGCUCCAGAAGAGUCACGGAAAGAAGGGCUUCACCGAACAUGCCAUGGAGCGCAGGAAACCCGCCUCUAAAGCACCUCUUCCUCCCGGGGCAGAGACCGGAAACGUAUCUCAAGAUAACCCUGAUCUUUGUGACGCGGCUCAGAUCCUCCGCUGGGAAGAGGGUACAGAAAUUGGGCCAACGAGUCGUGACGAGGAGGAAGCCGACGAAGGUUUUGUUGGCGAAACCCUUCUGUGCAAAGAGGAUGUUGUGAAUGACGCUGACCAGCUGGGGCUGGACGAUAAGCCACACGUUUGCCCGCAGUGCGGAAAGUCCUUUCAAACCUAUAAAUCUCUCCAUCUCCACGAGCUGGUUCACACAGGAGAGCACUGCGAGUCUUGCGGCUGCCGAUUACGGCUGAGAAAAGGAGGAGGGAGGCGCUCAAAAAAAUGUCGGGGCUGCAAGCUGCAGGAGAAGGGCCAGAGCGCCGAAGCAAAGAAUGCGAUCGCGGCCAAGGUUUCCACUUUACUGGGAUUACAAAAGAAGAAGAAAGUCGUGAGCUCAAAAGGCAUUAAAUCCGAACUGAAAAAGCUCCCCAAAGGAGUGAAACAUAUUCUGGUGAAGAGACUGAUCAAAAAGCCUAAAAAAGAGAAAGGCAACGGGAUGCCCCUGAAGAAGCAGGUGAGACGGAAGAAGGCGAAAGAGUCCGUCGGAGACGAUACGGUAACGGAUGUGAGCGAUCGCGUCUUGAGCUCACCAAACUCUAACGUGGAGCUAGAGGGCAAGAUUUUCGCUGAGCCGGCAGAACCAGAAGCGCUUAUGUCCACAACGUCACCGGAAUCGGAUACAGAGGGGACCUCAGGGAUGAGCCAUGACCCCCUGAAGAAAAUAAAAGGGUCCCAUAAAGGCAAACUUUUAAUGCUUAAAGACGGGAAGCCAGAGGUCACCGACAACGAGGGGAAAGCGCUGCCUGGUGAUCAGAGCUCCCUACUCACAGGCGACAAAGCAAACCGGUGCCUAGUGUGCGACCAGAGCUUUGCGAGCCCGGAGCUCCUGUGCACGCACCGUCAGAGCCACGCGGCCGAGCUCCCGUUCGCCUGCACUCAGUGUCCGCAGAGGUUCCAUAAGAAGCAGCUUUUGAACAUUCACAUUGUGACGCACGUGAAAGAACGACCGCACCGGUGCCCCGACUGCAACAAAUGCUUCACCGGGCUUAACAACCUCAAUAUGCAUCGCCGCGUGCACAUGGGGCUGCGUCCGUAUUCUUGCCCAGACUGCCCCAUGAGCUUUCGGCAUAAAGUCAGCCUGCUCGUUCACCGCUACACUCACACCAAAACUCCCCCGGUGGCGCUUGAGUCGUAUCGCUGUUCCUUCUGCGGUAAAUCUUUUGUGCGAAGCGAUCACUUGGAGGAUCAUCAACGAGUCCACACAGGGGAUUGUCCCUUUCGGUGCCAGGACUGCGAUAAAACAUUCCCUAGCCAGGCUAGGUUGGCUGUACAUAGCAGGGUACACUCCCGGGUCGUCUCUCACUCGUGCCCGCACUGCGAGCGAAGCUUCAUCAACAAGGCCAACCUGGAGCGGCAUCAGCAGAAGCACACGGGGGAGCUGGCGUUCUCCUGCACCGAAUGCGACGUCAGGUUCCCCAGCCUGGUGAUGCUGGCCCGGCACAAGCAUUCGCACAGAGUGGCCGAAGUGUUCUCCUGUAUCCGCUGCGCCAAGACCUUCCUGUACAAGAGCUGUCUGUUCAAGCAUCAGAACGUGUGCCAGGGGGUCAAAAAAGGGAGCAAUAAGGGUCAAACCAGGGGCAUUAAGAGGAAGAAGAGUGAACAGGCCGCCGAGCAAGGCCAGACACAUAAGAGGCAGAAAGGAGGCCAAAAAAUUGCCAAAGGGGUCAAACGGAAGAAAGAGGGGAAGCCGGUGAAAAUAAAAAUGGAGACUGUGCAGCAGGAAGAGGGUCCAAGCGAGGAAGGGCAAGAAGAAGACGUCCCCAAAGAAGAGGUGAAAAGCAAUGAAAACAGAGCUGAAAGAGGAAAGAAGAAACGAGCAGAAGGGAAGCCGGCGAAAGCAGCGGACGGGAAACACGACGACGUCGCUGCUGUCAAAGUGAAGAAGCGGAAGCUGCUGAAAGAAGGAAUCAAAACAAAGGAACCAAAGGAGGGAGCCAAAGCUAAAGAGAGAAAAACAAAAGAUGGAUUAAAGCCAGGAGAGGAGAAAGUGAAGAAAAGUAAAGUGGGAAUAAAGAGAGGGCCGUAUAAAAAGAAAAUCCAGAUCGGGGCAACGGGGGACAAAAAGAAGAUCGUCCGGGUGAAGAUUAAGGGGGUGAAGCUCAAGCCCGGUCCCAAGAAGAAGCAAGGGAUGAAAGACAAGAAAUAGGGGGCAGGGUGCGAGCCGGACCCUCGGUCUGACAGCGAAAGCCCCGACGGCAUCAUAGACUCUCAUACUGUCUGAGCCCCUGGUGUGGCUGUCACACUCCCCACCCCUAGCUGGGUUAUUGCCCCCCAGACCACCCCUGCAGGCUCACACACCCUUAUGUGUCCCUCGCAGCCUCUCCUCUGCCUGUUGCCCCUCGUAAUCCUCCCUGUUUUAAUGUCUGUAUUUUGUUCCCCCCUCUGCCGGCCAGGACCGGAGACCCCAGAACUUUACAUCUUUGCCAUUUUAUUUUUCAAGCUUUCCUGUUUAAUAAAGGAAUUGUUUUAAGACUG